CCCGGAGCCUGGGCGGGGAGGGAGGAAAACUUCCUGGCCGGGGCUGCGGGCCCUUCUGCCGGCCAGCCCUCCAAUCCCGCCCCUUCCCCGCUCCCCCCAGUGUCCGCCAUGGCCAAAGCCUACGACCACCUCUUCAAGCUGCUGCUCAUCGGGGACUCGGGGGUGGGCAAGACGUGUCUGAUCAUUCGCUUUGCUGAGGACAACUUCAACAACACUUACAUCUCCACCAUUGGAAUUGACUUCAAGAUCCGCACUGUGGACAUAGAGGGGAAGAAGAUUAAGCUGCAAGUCUGGGACACGGCUGGUCAAGAGCGAUUCAAGACAAUAACGACUGCCUAUUACCGUGGAGCCAUGGGCAUUAUUCUAGUCUACGACAUCACAGAUGAGAAAUCCUUUGAGAAUAUUCAGAACUGGAUGAAGAGCAUCAAAGAGAACGCCUCGGCUGGGGUGGAACGCCUCCUGUUGGGAAACAAAUGUGACAUGGAGGCCAAGAGGAAGGUGCACAGGGAGCAGGCCGACAAGUUGGCUCGGGAGCAUGGAAUCAAAUUUUUCGAGACAAGUGCCAAGUCCAGUAUGAAUGUGGAUGAGGCCUUCAGCUCCCUGGCCCGGGACAUCUUGCUCAAGUCCGCAGGCCGGAGACUGGGAAGCAGCAACAAGUCCCCCAGUACUGACCUGAAAACUGGUGACAAGAAGAACAGCAACAAGUGCUUGCUGGGCUGA